AUGAGCAAGAUUCUAUUCGUUCUUCUCUUAUCAAUUUUUGUUGUUGCCAUUGCGCAAAGAAAUGGUGGAGGACAACAAAAUGGCGGAUCAUCUGGAAAUAAUCAACAAUCUGGAAAUCAACAACAAGGAGGAUCUCAAGGUAAUCAGGGAAAUCAACAAGGAGGAUCGAACUCUGGAAAUUCUGGAAAUUCUGGAAAUCAACAAGGAAAUGGUCAAAGUGGUAACCAACAAGGUGGAAAUCAGCAAGGAAAUUCAAAUUCAAAUUCAAAUUCAGGAAAUCGAAAUGGUUUCGGAAGAAAAUAA